AUCAGAUUUAUCAACAGUAUGGAACAGAGGAAUAAAACACGUGCUUCCGAUUUUCUUCUCAUGGAAGUGACAGAGGAUCCAGAGCUGCGGUCCUUCCUUUUCAGCCUCUUCUUGUCCAUGUAUCUGAUCACAGUCCUGGGAAAUCUGCUCAUCAUCCUAGCCGUCAGCUCUGACUCCCACCUCCACACCCCCAUGUACUUCUUUCUCUCCAAUCUGUCUGUUAACGACAUCUGUUUAAGCACUACCACAAUCCCAAAGAUGCUAGUGAACAUCCAAACACAGAAUCAGAGCAUCACUUACACAGGCUGCCUCACACAGAUCUGCUUUGUCCUGGUGUUUGCUAGUUUGGAAAGUUCUCUCCUUGCAGUAAUGGCCUAUGACCGGUAUGUGGCCAUUUGUCACCCACUGAGGUAUACUGUCAUCAUGAGUCCCCGCCUCUGUGGGCUGGUGAUAUUACUCCCCCUGUUUAUUAUUAUUAUGGAUGCCCUGCUCCACACUCUGAUGGUGUUACAGCUGACCUUCUGCACAGACCUGGAAUUCCCCCUCUUCUUCUGUGAAGUUGUUCAGGUCAUCAAGCUUGCAUGUUCUGAUACCCUCAUUAACAAUAUCCUGAUAUAUUUGGCAACUAGCAUAUUUGGGGGUGUUCCUGUGUGUGGAAUCAUUUUCUCUUAUAGUCAGAUAGUGUCCUCUGUCUUGAGGAUGCCAUCAGCAAGUGGAAAGUAUAAAGCUUUUUCCACCUGUGGCUCUCACCUCUCAGUUGUGUCCUUGUUCUAUGGGACAGGUUUUGGGGUGUACAUUAGUUCUGCUCUUACUAACUCAUCCAGAAACACUGCCGUGCUUUCAAUGAUGUACACUGUUGUUCCUCAGAUGAUGAACCCCUUCAUUUAUAGCCUGAGGAACAGGGACAUGAAAGGAGCCUUGAGGAAACUCAUCGUUAGGACUCCUUCUUUCCUGUGA